AUGCGCGGCGAAGAGAGCAACUUUGGCAACUUGGUCGCUGACGCGAUCCGGUCCGAGCUCGGCGCGCAGUUUGGCCUAGUCAACGGCGGCUUUGUCCGUGGUGACAAUGUGCACCCGGCGAAGACAACGGUGACGGUGGGACUGCUUGAGAAAGAGAUGCCGUUCCCGCGCCCUGCGGUGCUCAUCAAAAUCAAGGCGGCCGACUUCAAGGAGGCGAUCGAGCAGCACUUGCGAGUGUACCCGGCGCUCUCGGGCUCGUUCCCGCACGUUUCGGGCCUUCGCAUCAUUUACGACCGGUCGCGCCCCGAGUCGCCAGCGAUUACAUCGUUCAAAGAUGAGUUUGGCAGAGACAUCGACUUGGACGCGGUCGUGCUCGUCGCGACGACCAAGUUUGUUGCGGGCGGCGGCGAUGGCUGCGUCGCGUGGCAGAAGGGCGAGCUAGUCUCGACACACGACCAGAUCGCCGAGGAAGUCGUGCGCUUCAUCGAGAAGAAGCGGCUGCUGGCGUAUCCUGCGAAGGAGGGCCGACUCGUCAUCGUCGACUAGACUACCGCAGGAGAUGGUCCGGGAUGCGAUAUCAUAGAACCAUCGUGUCGCGACCGAGGUUACGCUGUGCUAUGCAAGUAAUCUCUUACGCCGCUUCCCCUUGUAACCGCGCGAGCUGCGAGAGAAAGUCAAGCGUCUCGUGG